AUGCAUCAGUGCCUAAGAGACAAGAACACAAACGAGUCACAACGAAGGGCACAGCAAUCCGAACCGGCAACCGCUCAGCCUUUUAUUACGGACAACUUACAAACACUCUCGAGCACAGAUCAAGAAAGCUCUGAACCUGCUUCAGCCACUUCCGACCAAGCGCAGCCCAGCCCCUCACACCAUGAAAGCAGCGCAGCCCCCGAAGCCGGCCCCGCCCGGCCUACAGGACGCGCCCACAGCUGCCCCGGCCCACAGCCCGACCCUCACGCCGUUUCUAUAGCACCCGGCCGAGCGCCGCGCCGUUCUCGCGAGAACCGCCCACUCGCAGCGCGCUCUCGUUCGCCGUCUCUCCCGCCGAGCCGCGCGAUUGGUCAGUCGGCGGCUGACUCCCGCCAUGGAGCUUACGUCACUUCCGCCGGGAGCGACGAGCCGGAAGGGCUCCUCGCUCAGGUGGGUGGGCGCGUCCCGGCGGAAGCACCGCCCCGCUGGAAAAGCCCCGCCUCCGGAGCGGCGUUCCCGGGCAUCGGUGCGUCGGUUUGCUUCGUCGCGGGGCGGGGGUAA